CGUUGCCCUGGGAAACCGGCUGCGGUUCCCGAGGGGUCUGGGCCUGGACUUGGGGGCUGGCGAAGGAUGGCUGGAGCGGGCCGGCGGUCAGCCUCCGGCCUGGACACCGGGGGUGCAGCCACAGAUAGUUUGGAUGAAGGAGUGAAUUCCCAAAUUUUUAACUUGGCAGCUGAAGUUGCAGAAAGCGCAAAUGAUAAGAUCCCAACCCUGCUGCUAAAGUUGAAAGAAAUCCUGAAAGGACCUCCUUUAGGGAGCAAAGAGUUACAGAAGUUAAAAGAGGAUAUUUAUUAUUAUGACUUAAUUCAAUAUUGUGUACUCGUGCUUAGACAGGACUACAACAACAUCCCAGGAAGCUGGUCCACGGCUGUAGAGUUGGCGGAGAUAGUCAGCACCACCUGUGUGGAUCUGGACCCAAAGGAAGAAGCUGAAGAGUUUUAUGACAAAGUGCUGCCAUCAGCUGCAGACAAUCUGAUGCUGCUGGCACGACAUCUGCAGGCUCGUUUCCUCAAGGCUGUUGAGGAUAACAGCAAACAAGAUUUUCUGCACUAUUUCCACAAUGUGACUAACUCCCUUUGCUGGCUUCUUGGUGGCCACAUUCAGCUAAUUCAACAUGUGUUUCAAUCUGACCACCUCCUGCAAUUGUUGCUCACUGACGAUAUUGAAACUGGAGCUAUCAUGGUAUCUGUCCUGCUCGGUAUCCUGCAGGUGAACAGGACAGUAUUGUUCUCUGUGGAAGAGAAAAACAUCCGCAUAAUUCUGGAUGAAUUAAUUUACAAGCUUUUUGCAACCAGCAAUCCAGUUAUAGGAAGCACAUCUAUCAAAGUCAUGCUACUGAUAGUGGAGUCCCACCCUCCCACCUUGAAGAUACUUUGCACUUCCUACAAAGGUUUAUGUUCGCUCUUGAGUAAACAGUGGACAGGAAGAGGCUUUGACAAGGAGUUGAGUCAGCUAUUGGAUCUCCUCUAUGCUGGGUCCACCCAAGGAGUAAGCCAGCAGAAGUCCUACAGAGCUGCAUGCUUGAUCCAAGCAGCGUGGAGAGCAUAUCAGACAAGAAAGCGGGUGAAGAAUCUUCCAAAAGUGGUGACAACUUUACAAAGGAGUUUCAGGGCAAAACGUGAACAGGAAAUGCAUCGGCUGGAGAAAAUGAGAGAGGAGGAGGAGCUUAAAUGCCAGCUACAGCUACGGCGACAUCGAGCUCUACGAGAGUUUCGACAGCGGCAACUGAGCUUACUGGAAAUAGUCCCUGCAAGCGAGAUGGACAAAUACCUACAGGAAGAGAGAGAGCGAUCAGCACUGCUGAUCCAGAAGGUCUGGCUCGGAUACAGGCAGAGAAAGGCCUUCAACAAGCAAAAGCAGGCCCUUAAGGAAUUCAGGGCAGCUGUUAUUGUCCAGAGAGCUGUCUUGAAGUUCUUGAAUAAGCGUCGAAACCUGAGAUCAUGCAUCACACCUUGGCAGGGCCUCACAGACACACAGAGACUCGAACUGCGUGCUAAAGUAGAUGCACAUGUCAAACUUCAUCCAGUUUCUCAAGAGUCCAAGGAGAGAGCAAAUGAGCGACAUUCUCAUGCUCAGGAGAUGUUGGGCCAGUACCUCAUGAGGAGAAACUUGGAGCGGAAGUCAGAACAGCGGCAGGAGGCACUGCUCGCCCAGAUCAACACAGACAUUGAGCUGCUGAUGAGUAAGUCAGCUGAUGGGCUACCUGUUAACCUUUUAAGAAACGCUCCAGGUUUGAAAGAGGCCACAAAGGAGGAUACAGCGGUGUUUAGCAGCAGGUCUGUUCCUGUCGCAGCCAGAGCCAGGCAGUCCCAUAACACCAUGCUGCAGUUCACACGGGGACCCUGGUGGAAGAAACUGGGAGAUGAGUUCCAGGAUCCAGAAAUGAUCUACGCCCAGGACCUGGAUUUUGAUCUUGUGCUGUGAUAUAAGGGUCAGUGCCAUAAAAACGCUGGCAGGGAGCACGAGGUGUCAGCCAAGUGGCAGGAUGAGAAGGUGUUUGGAUCAAGGAUAACUAAUUAACAUUUCUACCUGGAAGCAAGAUUAAUGUGUUUCACAUUGCCAAAGAGAAGAGCAGAGGAAGCCAUUUUUGAGAUCAGGUCCCAGGCUUCCCUACAAAUCAAUGAAUAUCACAGACAAACUGUGCAGUCAGCAGAGAGAGAAGGCUGCUUGACUUUGCGAGCUACCACAGCCAGAUAUAGGAGGGAGAUGAUCUCUAAUCGAAGAGAUGCACCCUGCAGCCGCCUAAGGAUUCCAAGUGAUUUGUUCUGGCAUGGCCAAGGGGAAGGAGAAUCAUCUGAACAGACUUCAAUGCUAGUGGUGGAUUAAAGAAAUUCCGACAGCUGAAGAAAGCACUUGGAGACUGUCACUUGAAUCUACUACCCAGCAAAACAGGGAUACAGGAACUCAUUGGAAGCUGGGAGCAACUGAACUGUUUGAUAAAAGGACUGUAUUUCUGUGGGGAGUGCAAUGGGUGAUAAUUAUAAAAGGGGAAUAUGCCUCUCUGCUGUUUAAAGUAUAAUGUGCGUACAAAAAGAAAACAAUGUUUAAUCAUUAGUGCUUUUAAAGCAUUUGUUACAGUAAAAGUUUUAAAACAUGAAA